AAUAACCUCUGCUCGACUUUAAAACUGCGUCACGGCAAUAUUUGUGGCGGUCUUAUCACAUAGUUAGUUGCGUGUGUUAUGUGAUUCAUCCUGACUAAUCAUGAUUCGUGCUUCCCUACCGGCAUAUUGUGUGCCGUACGUUUCCAGUCACAUGGCCGCGUUCACCGCAUCUUUUAACCUGAAUUCUGAGCAUUAAUGACUUUCACUGUAGUUGAUUGAGACGGACGAAUUAAAUUUUCGUCAGCAUUUUCUGGUCUUCGGGGAUAUUCUUCUCAAAAAUCUUCCCAGAGACAUUUUUUAUGAUAUGGAGGUGUUGCAUUUUAUGUGAUACUUAGCUGUUAUAUAGCCGGAAAUCAAACUGCCAGUUGAGUGUGAAUGCUUUUAUAACAAUUAUGGCUGAUACUUUAACAGAAACUACUCAGUGGGGCAAUCUGAAAACUGAUGUCUCUGGUUAUGUGGGCAUUGAUACUCUACAAGAACAAAUCAGAAAAAAAGUGCUCAAAAAAGGAUUUGAAUUUAAUAUCAUAGUUGUAGGUAGAAGUGGAUUAGGAAAGUCUACACUGCUUAAUACUCUAUUUAAAGCUAGUGUUAGCAGACGAACGUGUGUUAAAGUAGAAGGAGAAGAAAAUGGUCAAUACAAAAUUCCUAAAACUACUGAAGUGAAAUCUGUUAGUCAUGUACUAGAAGAAAAAGGGGUUCGACUACGGUUGACUGUCACAGAUACUCCAGGUUUUGGAGACCACAUAAAUAACGAAAAUUGUUGGAUACCUAUUUUGGAGUACAUCAACCAACAGUAUGAAAAGUACUUAAAUGAAGAACAGAGCGUUAAUCGAAAAAAGUACAUUCCAGAUACAAGGGUUCAUUGUUGUUUAUAUUUUAUUCCUCCAACAGGCCACUCGUUGACUCCACUUGAUGCUGAAUUUAUGAAGCGAUUAGACAAAAUAGUAAAUAUAGUUCCUGUUAUUGCCAAAGCUGAUACUCUCACUGUUGAAGAAAGAAUAGCCUUCAAACAAAGGAUCAAGCAAGACCUGGAGAAAAAUGGCAUCAAUAUUUAUCCAAUUAGUGAAUUAGAAGAAGAGCCAGAAGAUGUUAUUUCGAAUAACAAAAUAAGGGAAAUGAUACCCUAUGCAGUAGUAGGCAGCAAUGUGCAACACCAAAUAAAUGGGAGAACUAUUUAUGGAAGGAAGACACAGUGGGGUACAGUUGAAGUUGAAAACAGAGCUCACUGUGAAUUCCCUGACCUCAGGGAUAUGCUAAUUAGGACGCACAUGCAAGACUUGGUUGAUGUUACUCGUCUGGUUCACUAUGAAAAUUUUAGGCAACAGCGGUUGCGAUCUCGUGAUCAUCGACAUGUAAAUGGCAUAAAUGGGCAAGUUGUUGAUAUUGAACAGAUGAAUGAAAGUAGCUUAUAAUUUCAUGCAUUUCCUCAUAUCUGGUUUGUGACCUGAGUAAUUCAUGAUUCAUAUCUGCCAAGAUCCCAUAUACCGAAAAUGUGUAAAAUUUAUAUUCAACAAGCAUGCAUGUAUAUAUUGAAGUAACAUUGGAUGUUUCAGUAGUAAUGAAACAGCGGUCUCGUCACAAGAUUAGUUUCAUUUGCAUAGUACAUGUGAAACAUUUAAUUUCAUGAUUUUUUAAAGUUUGUAUCUUUGUUUAUAUGUGUGCAUUUUGUAGGCUUUUAUUGUAAUUAGUGGUUAAAAAAAUGAAAUGGAAAUAUACUUGAAUCUCAUAUCUUUAAUGUAAAUUAAAAAAUGAAUAUGGAGUAAUAAUUCAACAUAUGUGUCUAUUUUUACAUUUAAGAGAUCUAACAAUCAAUCUGAAGGCUUUUAGUGUGAUAAGAUUUAAGCAUCCUAAAAAGGAUGAUUUUAUAAAAUUUUAUUUUACUUUCUGAAAGGUAAAAAGUGCCUAGCAAGUAAAAUGAAAAUGCAUUUAUAUUUAAGACAUGUUAAUUAUAAUUAAGUUUUUAUUCUGUAUAGCAAAAUAAGUAUAUCUGUAUGUUGUGCAGAAGUUUGUCUAAUCAGUGCCAUUAAUUUAUGAAAAAUGAAAAUGUUUUAGCUACAUUCCCAUUGUUCAGUUUAUUUUCAUACUGUAAGUUUAUCGCUUUGCUUCAUUUGUGAAUAAAAAGAACUUUUUAAGAUGUUA